CGUGCACCGACGCCAGUCACUUGUUUGUCGCCGUCGCGGGUCGCGGUCAAUUGUAUUUACAAGACACCAAACAAAAAUGUGUGUAACAUUACGCGAAAAGUGAAAAUUUGUUCUACUUUAAUUGUGUUAUUGUGCUUGACCUAAACAGUAAAAUUGCAUUUGUUGCUUGAAAACUAUUCAAAUUUUCUUAGCACUUUUUAAAGUUUUUUUUUUUUAAAUUAUUAAACUUAUGAACAAUUUGCCUUGAAGUUUAAAAUGCAAGCCAAAGUGAGCCCUUUACCUAACACGGGUUAUGGGGAGGUCGCAGAUGAAAUUCGAGGUGAUUCCGGUAGUAUUACCAUCUUGUCGGGGGGCACGUUGUCGCCCUCUGCGAGCGAGGGUGGCGUCCUGCAACGCCAAUGGGUCACGUUGACCGCCGAGAUGUGGCCACCUGCCUCUUACCCCGAAGGGUCGACUGCGCCGCUCGCGCCCCCCUCCGGCCGACUGCCUCUUUUGGCCGCCGUCUUCUGCGGAGCCGCUUUGGUGGUCGCCCUUUUGGGGGCCUUCAUACUGUACUGGUGCUGUGUAAUGCCCCGAAAGGAAAAUAAACAUUAUUGUCUUAGGAAGGUAGAUCCCAACAUGUCGAAUACGUCUACUCAAGUACCAUCGGUGCACCAGCCUGCCGCCGCGUACCCGGUGAGCCAAGCAGCCGUAUUUGCUGAACAAAAGAGUAGAUGUGGUUGGGGCUACAGUAACAGACUGAUAGCGGGUGGCGGACCUCUACAGCCCAAUCCUUGGUAUACCAGUAGAGUGAUUGGCGGACCACAAUGCACACAAUGUCCUGGAAUAUGUCCUGUGCCGAGGAGCAGCAGUACCCCAGGAAAUCACCAUCAGGCUCAACCAAGUUCUUCUAGAAGACAAAGACCUGUAAGCCAACCGAUACCUUCAAAUAUUAAUAUUCAUGAGGACAUGGCAUCAAGGCACCAUCUACCAGAAAUAUCGGAAUUUAGUCCUCAAUAUGCUUCUAGCAGUAUUCUUGACGAGGUAGGAAGUAAAGAUUCAGAAAUCCCCGAUUCCGAAGAGCCUACCUUAAAAACCAGAAGUUUACCGGCAUGGGUGCGCUCCAAGCCACGCCCCUUAUCCACGGAGGAUGACCUUAAUGACCUUUACGCUAAAGUAAAUUUCAGCAAAAAACGAAAGAAUCGAAUGCGAAACGACGAAGCCGCCAUAAUAGCCCUAAGCAAGUCGAGGAGUCAGUUUUUGCACAAAGACACCGACUCGUUAGUGGAUAAUGAAGCGGUUAUAGUUUAUGAUGAAAGAACUGCCCUCUAACGUGUAAUUUUUGUAAAUGUAGAAAAUAAAAGUCUCAAUUUUUAAAUUUAUUUAUAAGAAACAUGAGUUCGGUCCUGAACAGUUUUUAUACAGGGCUGUAUUUAGACCACAAUUACCAUAUCUUACGUUUUGGAACUGUAUAAGACUUAAAAUGAUUGACAAAUAAGAAUUUUUGUAGUAUUGUAUUAUAGUGUUGCUUAUAGAUUCUAAUUUUCUGUGAUAUUUUUUAGAGUUUUAUGGUAAAUUAACUAUAUAUUUUAGUUUUUUGGAUAAAAUGACCCCUAUUAAAAAACCAUGUAUGCCUAUAGGUAUCAGAAUUAUGCUAUACCAUUAGAAAAAGACAGUGUAUUGUAAUUUAAAUACACACAUAUCUUAACAUUAUUUAUAAGAUGCAGAAAUAUUAUACUUAUGGAAAUUGAUUAACACUACACACGCACACUUGCAACUCCGAGAUGGAACGCUUUUUAACUGAAUUUGGGUGUUUUUUAUUGUAAAAUAAACUUAAUAAAUAGUGUUACUUGAGAUAA